CGGUGGAGAUGUCUCUGGUAGCGUACGACAGCAGCGACGACAGUGAUCGCGAUGAAUCGCCGGGUUCGCCUGCUCGACCUGCGGCUAAGAUCGGCGGACUUUUCGCAGCUCUGCCCGCGCCGAAAAACGCGGAGAUCCGAUCGAGCGCAGAUCAGACAUCAGCUCCUCAACCUAAGAGGAUGACUUUGGAUCUGCCCAAACCCAAAAAACGCACAGAACCCGUUAAAAUCACCGUUCCUGAAAUAAAACCAGCAGAUUCUGACUCUGAUGAGGACGAGCCCGUCCGAAAGAAAUCAGCUCCU